AUGGUUAUGAGUUGCAUGCCAGAUGUUCUUAAACAAUCUAGAUGGCGAGUGAAUGAGGAUGGUUUAUCAUUUUGGUGGGAUAGAUGGUCAAAUAUGGAUCCUUUGAGAGAUCGGAUGCUUUUGGUUGAACAGCCUAAAAUCUUGAUCAAAGAUCUUAAAAAUGACAACGGGUGGAAUGAAAAUCUGAUAGAGGAGCUAGUUGGGAGAGAUCAAGCGGGAGGGGUUCUUGCUAAACUGGGAAAAAUCGAGACAGGCAAAGACAAACUGAUUUGGACUAAAAGCUUGAAUGGAAAUUUUUCUGUAAAAAGUGUUUGGGAAGCUACAAGAUAUCAGGGACAGAUAUCACAGUGGCAUGAAUGGAUUUGGCACCUAACUCUACUAAAGAAGAUUUUGUUAAAUAUGUGGUUGGCCAUGAAAGGAGGUCUCUCAGUAGAUGACAAAAUCCUAAAGGCUAGAAUCCCCAUUGUAUCAAAGUAUAUGUGUUGCUUGUAG